AUGCCCAUAAACGCCUCGACGUGCAAGUUACUUUCUGACAAGAACUUAGGCAAAGAAAACAAAGCCUACUUACUGAAAGUAGGGCCUGUGACGAUUCCUGUGUAUUGCCAUAUGACCGGUGUAGGUCUUGGAGCUUGUGGAGGAGGCGGAUGGACCUUGGUCAUGAAGAUCGAUGGCAAAAAGAAUACAUUUCGCUUCGACUCUAAACUCUGGAGCAACAAGAAAGAGUUCAAUCUCCCAGGAGGGAAGACUGGGCUUGAUUCACAGGAGACCAAGCUGCCAACCUACUGGCACACACCCUUCUCCAAGGUCUGUCUGGCUAUGAAGCUCGACCAGCAGAUCAAGUUCACUGUCAUCAACGUGCACGCCAACUCUCUGUACUCACUGAUCGCUGAUGGGAAAUACCGCAGCACCUCACUGGGUCGUAAGGCGUGGAAGACGUUGAUUGGUUCCCAGGCCUCCUUGCAGCUCAAGUGCAACAAAGAAGGUUUCAAUGCUGUUUGCGACCCUGGCGCUUCCAGAGCAAGAAUUGGUUUCGUUGCGAACAACGAGAAAGAUUGCACCAGCUGUGACUCUAGAAUCGGUUUUGGUACAACAGGGGGUCCGCAUGGUAACAACACGUGUGGGAACGUAGCAAAGUUCCAAGCGGAUAACGGAGAAAAGUCUAUCAAAACCAUGGGCGGCAUUUUUGUUCAGUAACAGCUAUAACCUAACUAUAGCACCACCAGUAAUUGCACUGCUACAUGUAAGGUAAAUUAGGAACAGUUGUUCAUUAGUGAUAAAAAUCGUGACAAAAUGAGGGUCAGAGAUUUGCUGAACUGAGAUGAAAAUCAAAAUACUUGGGCAAGAUUUGCAAGGGUGAUUAUUAAUCAUGGGCGAAAACUUACUUUGUCAUGUCGAUGGAUAAAAAAUCAGCGACCUUAUGUAGAAUUGUUGAGCAUAACUGGACGCAAGAAAUGAUUAAGUGUUUCAUUGUUCGCCUUGGUGAAAAGAAAGAGAUCUCUGAAAUUGACAUUGCCAGGUGAAAAAAUUCUAGAAAAUGUACUGCUUAAUUUAAACUCGUCCAACAAACCAAGUCAAGCAGCUUACAAAAUCCUCAUCACCAAAAGAUGUACUCGCCCAGAA